AUGGCGUGGAUUUGCCCUCUGCGGUUAUGUCGGCGCGAAAAGGGCUUUGCGGUGUUGUCAGUGAACCGCUUAUCUCCAACUGUUAAAGGAAGGAAAAGAAGAAAUAAAUCUACUGAACCCAAAAAAUCUGCUGCUAAGCCUAAACCUAAACCUGUAAAAUCCAAAGGGAAACAGGAAAAAAUCACAGAUACUUUCAAAGUCAAAAGAAAAGUUGAUCUUAAUGGUGUUUCAGAAGCUGAGUUGUUGACCAAAACUCUUCCCGAAUUGACCUUCAAUUUAGACAUUGUAUUAUUGGUAUAAACCCAGUUUAAUGCAGCCUACAAAGGUCAUCAUUAUCCAGGACCUGGAAAUCAUUUCUGGAAAUGUCUUUUUAUGUCUGGGCUAAGCAACGAACAAUUGAAUCAUAUGGAUGACCAUACUUUGCCACAUAAAUAUGGUAGUGGAUUUACAAAUAUGGGUGGAAAGGACACACCAGGUAGCAAAGAUCUUUCCAGCAAAGAAUUUCUGGAAGGAGGACGUAUUCUAGUGCAGAAAUUGCAGAAGUAUCAACCUAAAAUAGCUGUUUUUAAUGGAAAAUGUAUUUAUGACAUCUUUAGUAAAGAAGUUUUUGGAGUGAAGGUUAAAAUAGAAUUUGGACUACAGCCACAUAAGGUUCCAGAUACAGAAACACUUUGCUAUGAGCCAUCAUCCAGUGCAAGAUGUGCUCAGUUUCCUCGUGCACAGGAUAAAGUUCAUUAUUACAUAAAGCUAAAAGACUUAAGGGAUCAAUUGAAGGGGGUUGCAUCAUCUGCUGAAGUCCAGGAAGUGCAGUAUACAUUUGAUUUGCAGCUUGCACAAGAGGACGCGAAGAAGAUGGCUGUUAAAGAAGAAAAAUAUGAUCCAGGAUAUGAAGCAGCCUAUGGAGGUACUUAUGGUGAAAGAACCACCUCUGAAAAUGAACAAUGUAUCUUCCCCACAAAUGGAACAGCAACCAACAUGGAGUACAGCAGUGAUUCUUCCGUUCCUAAUGGACAGUGGAUGAUGCAAACUUUCACAGAUCAGUUUCCGGAAUUUAGCCUCUCAAGAGCACAAGAAGAAGGGAGAGUCAGUACUUAGAAUCAACUCUAUAUUCUACAGUCAUUUUUUUAAUGCAGUGGUCAAGAAUGGUACCUCAGUUCCCCAACUGAAGCAUUUGAAUAGCAUUGUACCUCUUUAGUUUUUCUUAGAAUGAGACAUUUUUGGUAGAUGAAUUAGGUUAAUUUAAAGAAGUGUCAUUUGUUACAGAAAAUAAUUCUCUCCCCAUUAUUUCUUUUUUUUGGGAGGGGUACAAAGUUUUAUAGCUAAAAUUAUUCCAUUUUUGCCGUUUUAGCCAAGUGAUUUCUCGUUUGUGAUGUCCAAUGUUGUUUUAAAUCCAUUUUUUGUAAGAUACUCUGUGAAGUUAUAUUUUUAAGAUAUCGGUUUUGGGAUAUACCCUGUGUGUGCUCAUUUAUAUGAAUUAAAGGGCAGAAAUGUUGAUUUAACAGUUACCAAACAGUAACAUAACAAGAUAGUAGAAAUGCAAGCCUAUGCAUUAAGAGAAGUUAUUCAGACAGAACAGGUUAGUUUACCUCUCUUUCCCCAAAAAGGACUAGAUUCCUAAUUCUCUCUGGGUCUUGUCACUGGUAAUCAAAUGUGAAAACUGCCUUUUGAAAAAUGUGGGGGGGGGGGGGUCAAGCCACAUUUACCCUUAAAUUCAAAAAUAUUUUUCAGGGACCCAAUUCUGUAUUUUUUUUAUUUCUGUUUAUCAUUAUUUCAGCUUCAUUCCCAAAUUAUUUUAGCUCUGAGUUACUACUGGAUAUGGUGCUCUCUGUAGGCAUAUGUUACAACAAUCUCAGUUGGCAUUGCUGGUAUCAACAAAUGGUUCGCUUUGAGUAAAGCAAUGCUUUUCUAUGCAGUUGAUAUAACUACUUUUGUAUUUAUCGCUCUAAGUUAGGCUUGGAGAAGGAAAGAUAGAUGUGAAAACAGGAGUUGCACUGUUUUUAUCUAUGACACUCCACUGUUCUGCUUGUGGAGGAUAUGCACUCUGUUAGAAUAUUCUGCAUGAUGUGCUAAAUUUGCAGUGCAACAGUUUGUGACCACUGUCUUUUUAAAAGCAUAGUUCCUACUGAGAAUGUUUGUGCUAUCUAUGCCUUCUUUUCUCCUCCAGCCUGUUUUCUGUUUGAGAGGUAGAGAUAAAAGCAAUAAAAGAAGUAAACAAAUUUUUUCAGAAUCUAUUGGUUAGGUGCUUUAGAUACUUGAAUUAUGUACUAGAACUCUAUUUCAAUGUAUAUAAUUUAGAUUAUCUAACUACUUCACAAAUAGCUGGAAAUGUUUAAAAUGUUAGGAAGUAGGGUUGUAUGGAUCAAUUUAAAAUCAAACCAUAGCUUGCUAGUCACUUUGGAAUUUUUCCAGAGUGUUUUGAUUUCUUGCUCAUUAAAAGAUGAGCAUAUUUAUGACCUGCCAUAAAAUAAUGUACAUUUAAUCCUCCAAGCCAAUUCUUUUUAAUAUUAAGAUGUGUAUCUAGUUCUAAUCAUGUUGGUUAGUCUCUGUGGAAACUCCAUGUCAAUAAUCUAGUAAAUUCAUUUGCAGCACAAUCUUAUGCAUGUUUAUUCAAAUUGAGCUCCACGAUAUUCAACAAGGUUUACUUCCUAGUAAGUGUGCUUAAGAUUGCACACUUAUGUGUCACUGUUUACAUGGAUACUUUUUUGCAAGUGCUUGAAGUGCCUUGCAUCAGGGAUCUGGAACACUUUUUUAAAACAGAGAAUUAUCUUGCUGCCGAUCAUGCAAAGUUCACUAUUAUGAUGUGAAAAGGGGAUGACUUGUUUUGAAAGAAACAUCCAGGUUAAUGAGAUGUGAAUGCACAUCAGUUCUAGAAUAUGGUGCUUUAAAAUGUAUUUAAUAUGUCUGACCUGCCUUUUUUUGUGCAAAAAAAACCAAGAACAAAUUCUUAUAAUAUUUUCUGGUGCUUUAUUGUAACAUUGUUUAAAAGUCAAUGAUUAAUUGUAUUGGUGUUGUUACAACAAAGCAAUUUUAAAUUAUUUGAAAUAAAAUAAUGGAUGCUUAAUUUUA